GCCACGUUACGCCCACGUUACGGCACGCCAAGACCCAGGACACCGACACACGUGUCUCUUCCUCGUCGUCGAGGGGGAGGCCACCCUCGUCACACAGUGUCGACGGUGUGUGAACGGCGGCCGCCAGCGGGCCAGGAGGAGAACAUCACUUCUCACGUAACUGCCACGGCCCGCGCACCACCGCCCGUAGCAGCAGCUAUCAUCGCAAAAAAUCAAUAUGAUUCCCCCCUGAAUUAUACCUGGACUGGAUAAUGGACACCGAUGGACGCACGCAUGGUGAAAAAUAACAAAAGAUGAAUAACAAAAAGAAGACGAUGGAAGAUAACAGGGAUUCUAACCGAGAACAAGGAUUUAAAAGAGGAUUGGAAGCAGAUAAGAUUCUUGGUUCGGCAGAUGAUAAUGGAAAAUUAAUGUAUUUGAUACAAUGGAAAGGAACAGAUGCAGUUGACAUGGUGUCUGCAAGUGAAGCCAAUGCCAAGUGUCCUCAGAUUGUUAUCCGAUUUUAUGAGGACAGAAUGACCUGGAAUAAGGCAAAAAUAAAAGUGUAA